CACCCCUAACUUCAGAUGGAGCUGAUCCAAUCAGAAUUCAUGUUCUUACCUUCUCAGUUGGAGCAGAUGCUGGAGAACACAGCAGUACGGGCCCUGAAGCAGUUAGUUCUGCUGCAUCGUGAGGACGGGCCAGGUCCGUCGAGAACCGUUGAAUGGCUGAACAUGCGAAGCUGGUGUUCUGGACACCUUCACCUGAAGUGCCCUCGUAGAAUUUUCUCACGAAGAAGCCCCUCCAAACUGCGAGAGGUAUAUGAAAAGGUUUUCGAGAAGACUGCAGACACACACAGUGAUUUCUCACGGCUGGCUCGAGUACUCACAGGAAACAGCAUAGCCCUAGUGCUGGGCGGAGGCGGAGCCAGGGGCUGCUCUCAUGUUGGUGUAAUCAAAGCCAUGGAGGAAGCAGGAAUUCCCAUCGACAUAGUGGGAGGAACUUCCAUUGGCUCAUUCAUUGGUGCGCUGUAUGCAGAGGAGAGAAGUGCUGUUAGGGUCAAGCAGAGGGCAAGAGAGUGGUCCAAGGCAAUGAACUCUGUAUUCAAAACAGUUCUGGAUCUUACUUAUCCAAUCACAUCCAUGUUUUCUGGCUCUGCCUUCAACACCAGCAUCUCUAAAGUCUUUGAGGACAAACAAAUCGAGGACUUGUGGCUGCCAUACUUUAACGUGACCACAGACAUCACAGCUUCUUCUAUGCGUGUUCAUAAAGAUGGCUGUGUUUGGCGCUAUGUUAGAGCCAGUGCCUCCUAUACCCCUUAUCUGCCUCCUCUCUGCGACCCCAAGGACGGCCACCUCCUCGUGGAUGGUUGCUAUGUUAACAAUGUCCCAGCGGACAUAGCUCGUAAUAUGGGCACAAAAACAGUCAUCGCCAUCGAUGUGGGUAGCCAGGAUGAGACUGAUCUCUGUAACUACGGUGACAGUCUUUCUGGCUGGUGGCUGCUAUGGAAACGUAUCAACCCGUGGGCAGAGAAAGUGAAGGUGCCUGACAUGGCUGAAAUCCAGUCCCGUUUGGCCUAUGUAUCUUGUGUACGACAGCUGGAACUUGUCAAGAAGAGCGCAUACUGCGAGUACAUUCGGCCACCCAUCGACCGCUUUAAGACCAUGGACUUUGGGAAAUUUGAUGAAAUCUAUGAUGUGGGUUAUCAAUAUGGUAAACUAUUGUUUACUGAGUGGGCUCGUGGGGACAUUAUAGAAAAUCUGCUGAAAGACCAUCGCUCAGCGGACUACAAUGACAGCAAGAAGACUGAUUCGUGCACGUGUCCUAGUGCAGACUUCACUGAUCUAGCUGAGAUUGUGUCCAGGAUUGAGCCGGUGCAGAGCUACUUAGCAGCUGAUGCAGAGGAGUCUGACUAUGCGACGGAGUAUGAGGAGGACGGGAUGGACACAGUGAGAGAGGAGGAGGGUGAGGAAGAGGAAGAGGAGGAGACCGAAGACCCUGAGGACCAGUCUCCUGGAGAAUGGGGACCAAAUGGGAUCUUCACAUCAGAUGAAGAGAAGACCGUCCGUCAGAGGAAGAACAUCACCAGGGACCCCAACUUGGACUUCUCUGGAGUGUCAGAUUGCUGAAAAGGGAGUAAUGCAGGGUCAAAGGGCACUGGAAAGAGAAGCAGAGUCCCAUCAUGGACUCAUGAGUAUAAAGACAAAUACAGAAGAAAAGACUUCUGAAUUAAUAAGAUUGUUGGAAAGUCACCAAAGAUAUUGUGAUUAAGACCCUGUUAACACUACAUUACCCACGACUUGUCACCAAAACUGUGACUUUUCUUUUUUUGCUCAAGACUUUACAAAAACAGGGUCCAAAGACUACAGGGACCCACCAAGGCAGAGGAACAACUCCUUUUGAGAUGUUUUGGGUGUUUCAUGGGAAAAUAUGUCUACAGUAGCGGCCAGUUUACCACUAUCCUUCAGUUCUGGUUUUCCUGUCUGUUUCCAGACGAUACCAGUUCAGUAGAGAUGGUGUGUGGUGUGUCUGGUUUGUGAUCUUAUUUUUUAUUUUAUUUUUUGUGAAAAUGUGUGUGUGUGUGUGUGUGUGUGUACGGCCACAACCUAAACAUGCAUUGGCAACUCCUCUCAUAAGAUGCCUUCUAGACUGAAAAUGGCUUCCCAAGAUGCAUUGAGAAAAGACUGUAUAGGUUUAGAAAGACUUCAAGAGGAAGUGAUGUAAUGGUUAGAUUGUGAUUUGAUGUAAGGUUGCAAUGCUUGCUCCUUAUUAGGAAAAAAUCACUGCAGAUUUUUAGAAACACUGUUCCUGAUAUCUAGGGCCCUAUUUUAACGAUCUGAAACGCAAGUGUCAAAGCGCGAAGCACAAGUAACUUUGUGGGCGCGUCUCGGCGCUGUUGCUAUUUUCCCGGCGGGAUAAAUGGCUCUUGCGCCCGGCGCAAAUCUAAAA